AUGGACACACCAGACAUUCACAGCUUUGUUGAGCUACUCAUAAAUAUGAUUAAACCGACGGACCCCAAUGCGUUUUACAACGAAUUUCUGAACGAGUCGAUUGAAACGUUAAAGAACAUCAUGAGCAUCGACGCACAAGAAUCUGUCAAAGUCCUCAAAACGGAUAUUUUAUAUUACAAAAGAACAAUAGAAGAGUUAAGUGCAAAGCUACAAACUUCAUCAAAAGAUCAACAACUUCACAUAGUCAAAGAAAUUAACCAGAAAACUAUGGACUUUGUCUCUGUGUUAAAAAAUUUCUCCGAUUCAUUAAACGCAGAAGAGGUCUCUUUAUUCCCUGACGACGUCGCUCGGUUGAGAGACCAAAUCCUUGUCGACUUGGAAGAUGUUGAGUAA